CGUCCCAAUCUUACUGCUCUCCCUCCUCACCUCCUCACAUCGCGCGGCCCUCUCCCUCCAAUACGACCUCCCCUCCCGCCUCGGAGCUCUGCGUCGCCCGUCCUCGGCACUACCCAGUCGCCCAUCGGCUCGAUUGCGUUGCUACUUCUCUGUCGCCUCCUCUCCAACGAGUUCCGUCCACAGAGAAGCCUCGUCCUCUGUGUUCUGGUACGCGCUCAAUCGACGACGUCUAGCCGUGUUCAUCAACUGCGUGUAUUGGGGGGGAAAGCUGGCCGGCUCGAAUAACACUCGAAGAGAUCGCUCGUCCCGACAGUCAGUCACCAGUGCUCAAUAGCGGAGCCGAAGACACGACAGCUCGCUUCCAAGCGCAGCCACAUCCCAACUGCCUACGAUCAGUCGCCGUGCGGUACUCGCACGUCCAGAGCCGUCGAGAUGGGUUCGACACAGUUCGGAAACUUUGAGAACUUUUGUCGCGAUUCGACUUUGCCCGUUUGCAAUGUCUUGAGUGAGCUACACAAUCAGACUGGCCCCUGGGGCGGUUGCGAGCUCAAAGGAAUUCCUCUGAACAAUGGCCAAUUUUUGGGAAACAUCGGUUCGAUACUCCUCAGCGCCGCUGCUGUCCUCGUCGCUGCCUUCCUUUUGUUCAAAUCCGAGCGAAAGAAGGCCGCUGUCGGUCGCAGGGAAAUGCAACUGUUCCUCCUUGGCUACAUCAUCAUCUCGAUCUGUGAGAUCUUCACAAUUGGAGAAUUCCCUCUGUCUUCCACAGUCCGCAUUGCCUUCACCGGUAUUCAUCUCGGCAUGAUCACGGCAACCACCUGGAUCCUCAUGCUUAAUGCUGUGGUUGGGUACCAGGUCAUUGAUGACGGCACCCCUCUGUCCGUAGCCCUGUUCUUCCUUUCUGCCGCCGCGCUCUUCAUUGGCACUGGUUACAUCACGCUCGACACUGGUUACGGCUGGACCGGUCGCUGGGCGGACAGCUACACGGCGCCCUUCCGGAACAUCCCUCUCUAUGUUCUGUAUCAGCUUGCGCCGCUCGUCUUCUUGGUUGCCUUCUUCGUUCUCGAGGCGAUUCUCGUCCUGCGCGUGCUUGGCGAGGUGCGACCAAUGAUUUACCUUGUGGCUGCUGCUCUACUUUUCGCCAUUGGUCAGAUCUUCACCUAUGUCGUCAGCAGAUAUAUCUGCGAUGGCUCGGCCGGCAGGAUUGACGGUUCGCUAUUUGAGACCCUGUUCACGCUCCUUGCUGUGGUCAUGAUCUGGGUCUUCUGGUCGAGUAUCACCGAGGAUGACUGGCCGGCCACUGGCUCGGUUGCGGGCUACUGAUGUGGGCUUGCAUUUUCAGCUCUUUUAAUUGUGGUAGUACCAACCAGGCGACAAUUCGGGCGUGCGACCAUACUUCGUAUGCACGGCCUGCUGCGCACCCCCCAGGUGCGGCCCUUGGGUUUCACUACCAUGCGGCGUUGGAGUUCUGAUUCGACAUUUAUACCCGUGCGAUUUCUUGACUUUUAUCGGGGGACGCCGUUGCGCGGAAGCUGUGCACGGCCGAGGUUAAUGUUGGAGGUGGAGGACAUAUAUACACAAAUCAUGUGUCAACAGAGGAUGCUCUGAGAGGGGAUAUACCAAAAGCUAGGAAUGAAGUCAGCGAGUGGCACGGAAGUCAUGCAUUUCACGCACAUACCCAAGUUGGUUGAUGAAUGAGGUCGGACAUGCUCGCACAGGUCCACUUCAUGAGACUGUAUAUACGACGAUAUUAUGAUAGAACAAUGAGCAAGUUCCAAGUUAAUUUCCUUUCUU